CAGAAGCAGUUUUUGCUCAGAUGGUCCUGAGCUAUGUACUGUAGCCACAUAAUGAGGACGGUGCAGCUUUUAGCCUUCGGUCUGCUGGUGUGUCACACUAUGGAGAGUUUGACCUAUAAACGGGUGAAUUUAGGGAUGAACAUUACUUUAGACUGUCCUCUCGAUGUGAAAGACAUUUACUGGCUCUUCCAGAGACCCACAGACUCUCCGGUGAUCAUACUGAGAACUUUCUCAUCACAAUCUACAUCGUCUUUUAUACAAGACCGAAGACUGAAAGACAAAUACUCAUCACUGACUUUAAGCCGUUUAUUUAUUAGCAACCUGACUAUUAAUGAAUUAGGAAUAUAUUAUUGUGCAAAACCAAACAAACCACUACAGAUCAGCGACGGCACCAGACUUCACAGCACUGAGGAAGCUGUUCGAGAUCGCAAUCAGACGGAAUCAAAAAAUAACUCGCAGUGCACGAAUAAACAGCAAUCGCUCGCGGUUUUGUGCCUCGUACCAAAUAUUGCCAUGCUUUUGGCAAUAAUAGGCCUAUUGCAGAUCAAACUUCAAGUGUGUAAGAAAAGACACCGACAAAAACAAGACGAGGAACCGGAGCGGCUUUACAGUAUAAAUGAUGAAGAGUUUUCUGAAGUGCAGUUUUCUCUCUUUCACCCGACCGACAGAAGUUUUCAAAAGCCCACGACAAAAUUUACACAAUAUAUAAUCGAGAUUAAAACGCCUCGUAGGGUUUAAUGAUAUGUAUAUUGUGCUGAAUAAUGAGUAAAGAUGAUAUUAGCUUGACUGUUGAUGUUUUGUCAGACAUUUAUAACGCAAAAAUGUCAGUGUUUUCAGGAAGACUUUGCUUUUUUUUUUGUUUUGAUCAUUUAAAAAAAUCCAUGUUUAUAUUGAGUGGCUUCAUUAUUUAAUUCAGGCUUUCGGACGCGUGACGUAAAAUUAAAAAGCAGAAAAAAGAAAUACGUACUACUAUAUUUACCUGCUUUAUAUGCGAUUUUUUUUUAAUGCAAGCUUGGUGUUACGAACAUGUAUAUGAUAAAAAAUGAGCUGUUUAUGUGUUUUGUUAAUCAUCAAAUUGUACAUUUAUGUUUUGAUUGUUUAGUACCAUGUUUCAAUGCCAAUAAACAGGCUUACUGUACUUGACCUGUAAAGCUUAUGUAAUGCUGUUGCCGUGAGUCUUUUGGUUCCUGUUUGUAUUUAAUGUCUUUAUCGUCUUGCUACGCUCUGUUUUCUCACAGCUCUGGAUCAGCUUGCUUGAACUGGCUCAAGUUUGUCUA